UAGUAGUGUUUCGAACAACCAACUGUUUGGAGCAGCACCUUUAUUAUCGGGAAAGUUGGCAAUAUGUUGAGUUUGGGUAGCGGGGUUGUGAAGUCUGCCAAACCGUCGUUCGUUUCUUAUGUCACUCCCGAGGAGAUCAAGUCAGAGAAGGAACCGUCCAGAAAAGAGAAUCUUCCUGUGUUGUUACCAGGCAUGUGUCUGCGGUGUGGGUCGUCCCUCAGGUGAGGUGAUGUUCUGCAGUGCCAGCACGGUGCUCAGGUACACGCAGGAUGACCUCUCUCAGCGGGGCGUGUUCGGCACGCUCGUGUGCACCAACUUCCGCGUGUCGUUCGUCAGUGACGAGCCGUCGGUGGAGAAGGCCCAGCUCUUCAAGAACAAGCUGUAUGGAGAAAAUGAUAUUCCUCUAUCAUGUGUGGACAGCAUCUACGGAGAAAAGAAAAGAAAGAGCAGGGUUGUCACGGCGCCCGUGUCCCCAGGUUACGAGGACAAGAAGAAGCUGAUGACCGGCAGCCUGGUGAAGAACAAGUGCCCCUCCAAGAUGAUCAUCCACUGCAAAGACCUGCGAGUCUUUCACUUCACACUCACCUUCUGUAAAGAGGAUGACUCCAAACGGAUCUUCCAAGGCAUCAUCCAUCACUGUCUGGAGCCCAAGUCACUCAAGUGUGUCUUUGCCUUUUCCUACUGUGAGAAGACCUCGUGUCCAGAGAAGCAGAGGAAGGAGAGGACGCUGCAGUUCGACAGCGUGGAGGACUGGGCGCAGGACAUGAGGAGAGUGAAGGGAACCUGCCGGCUGGUCACGGAGAACGCCAGCUUUGAGCUCAGUCCAGAGUUACCUCAGGUGUUCAUCGUCCCAUCAGAUGUUUCUGACGAGGACCUGACUGCAUUCCAGGGACGAGGAAUACCAAUGUGGUGCUGGUCUCACCACAGUGGAUGUGCUCUGUUUAAAACGUCCACCCUGCCUGUGCUGCCCGACGACACCCUCUCCCAGGCCUACAUGGAAAGGAUGUUGACAGCCGUGGCAGCUAACUACCUGUACUCUGUGAAGACUGAAGACCUGUCUGACACGCUGCCCUCCCUGCAGGACGUCCAGCAGUCAUACAACAAGUUCAAGCACUUCUUCCUCAUCGACAAUACAACAGAGUUUUGGGUGUCGGAUGUGAAAUGGUUCUCCUCUCUGGAGAACUGUGGCUGGUUGGAUAUCAUCAGGCAAUGUCUCCAGAAAUCUGUUGAAGUGGUUGAGUGCCUGGAAAAGGAAAAUUCAAAUGUUCUUAUAAUGGAGGAGGGGGGGUCAGACCUGUGCUGCGUGGUGUCCAGCCUGGUGCAGCUGAUGCUGGAUCCCUUCUACAGGACCCUGACAGGCUUCCAGAGCCUGGUGCAGAAGGAGUGGGUGGCGGGCGGACACAAGUUCCUGGAUCGCUGCAACCUGCUCCAGCUCAAAGACAAGGAGAACCAGGCUCCAGUGUUCCUGCUCUUCCUGGAGUGUGUGUGGCAGCUGCUGCACCAGUACAGCCAGGCGUUCCAGUUCUCUGAGACCUACCUGACCGUGCUGUCAGACAGCACGCACGUGCCGCUGUUCAGCACCUUCCUGUUUAACUCCCACCAUCACAGGGCCACCUUCCUCAGGUGUUGGCAGGCGGAGUUGCCUCAAGCACAAAGAGGCCCUUUGAACUGUCCUCCAGUGUGGGACUGGUCGGUGCAGUUUGACUGCAAGGCCCAAGAUCUCUUCAUUAACCCUCUGUACACCGACAAGUCCAGACAGGACCGAGCUGCCAGAAAGACACACAGGCCUAAGCACCAGAGGCAGCUGUCCUUGCCCGGCUGUGCCUUCAAAACCCCUCCCAAGAAGGGCUUCUUCAGGGACGAGACGGACAGCCUGAAGAAGAUCCUGCGCGUGCGGCGCGUCAGCCGCUGGAUGCUGUCCCCCGACUCCCCCCAGCCUCCCUCCUCCCUCAGGGAGUUCUACGCCUGCUGGCUGCGGAGGCCCCUGGACCCCCACGGCCUGCUGCUGCCCUGCCUGACGGGGCCCUCUGUGCGGGUCUGGAUGCAGCGCUACCUCCGCUGGAUCCACGAGGUCCAGAUCUUCGGGGGCGGCCCGGUCACCGUGCUGAGUAAGGUCGCUGAUCUGCUUAGCGAGGUGCAGGACCUGCAGAGGGAACUCCAGCACCGCUCCUGCAGUACCGCCUCCGACCACCGCAACAACAGCACCGCCUCCGACCACCGCAACAACAGCACCGCCUCCGACCACCGCAACAACAGCACCGACCACGGUGGGGCGAGGGGCAGGGUGUUGGGCGAGGCUGGGUCGAUGGCCGCCAAGAACGCGGUGCGGCUGUCGUCGUCCUACCCCUUCGUGACGCACAGGAACUGGUCCUUCAAGCCAGCCAUCCCCAGCAGCCUGCUGCAGGGGCUGCUGGUGCCUGGGCCACUGGCCGAGCAGGACGACGAGCCCGAGACUCUGGUCUGAGUGCCAGAGCCACGCCCCCCUGGGGGGCAGGGCCACGCCCCCCUGGGGGGCAGGGCCACGCCCCCCUGGGGGGCAGGGCCACGCCCCCCUGGGGGGCAGGGCGAUGCAGUGGGGGUAGGAUUGAUUUUGUAACUUGAUAAAUUGUGUUGUUUUUUUCACCUUUUGGAUAUUGUGGCAGUCCAAUACCAGUUUGAUCAGGUGGGGGUUCUGCCUCAGGAAUACAAAGGUCAGAAAGGUGUUUUUCCCCUACUUUAUGAAGAUGUCCCAUACGUCAUGUAUGGGACAUCUUCAUACAGUAGGGGAAAAGCCUUUGAAGGCCCUCUGAGGCGUUCUGGUUUGAGCCAGAAUGCUCAAAAUAUUGGCAGGGUUAUCCAGAACAAGAAGUUUCAUGUAGCAUGUCAAAGUUACCUAAAAUUACAAUUUUGCCUAAGUAGGGUACACACACACACACAAAAUCUUUCAGACUUUUUUGGAUGGAGCACUGUGGACAUAUGUCAAAACUUCGAUAUUGCCCACUUUUUUUUUUUAUAAGAAAGCCUAGAAACGACAUGCAAGGUGUUAGAACCAUUACUGCUUAGAUGUGCUGCAUUAUUCUUUGAGCCAGGGGAACCAGAAGCAACAAGCCAAAAAGUAUGUUGGAGCAAUGAGACCAAUGUGGUUCUGGACUGCACUAGAAAGGGACUUCUGUCACCUAAGAAUUUUCUUUUACAUUCUGGAAUAUGUAUUUGCCUACAACGAUGUUUAUGUGGCCUUGAUUGUUUCAGGACAUUUUUCCAGAGACUUCCAAAGAACUCAAAUGUUGUUGAGGUCAGAGUACUGUUCUGAUAUGUUACUUGGAUGGUAUCCGAUUGAAAACAGUGGUUUUACGGUAUCAAAAACGUUCUUAUAAGAUUUGUCUUUGAAGUUGUUGAAAUUGAAUUACUGAAGAGCAAUACAGCUUAGUGCCUAUAGUCAUUGAUUUAAUUAAAUGUGGUGGUGGUAAGGGUAAAAAGAUCAAUAUUGAACUGCCUCUUGAUAAUAGACUGAAUUAUUGUGCUCAGAUUUAAAAUGUUUAUUUGAUGUUGGCAGUUGGUCAGAGCCAUCUGCUGGCUGCAAAAAUAACUGCCUUUUACAGGAAGAAUUAUUUCACAGAGCUUUAUAAAUAGAGUAGUUUGAGGACCUGGGGCCUGUUCCAUAAAGCGAGUUACUGAAUAAGACAGGCGUUUGUCAUGGAAAGAACCUUUAUACUCUUGUUUUCUUGUCACUAAGGUGCAUUAUCCCUGUCAAGAGGUUUUAAAGCUGUGGAACUGGUUUAUGUGAGGGUGUCACUGUGUAAUGGGGGGGGGGGGGGGGAUUAGGAAGCAUUGUUAAGAAUGUUUUAAGGUGAAGCCAUAGGUUUAGUACCUGUUACAUAUUUGUAAUUCAUGAUUACAAAUCUGUACAUAUAUUAUUUUUUACAUAUAUUAGGUAUUUACCUUUUUUUGUUCUAAAUGUAUAUGUAUCCAUUUUAUUGAUACAGACAUUGAAGUAUAAGUCAGUUUGUCUUUUUUCUUUUUUCAAGCAGGUGAGACUAAUGGAAAUACUGUUUUCACUGAUCAUUUUUGACACAUUUACCAUGUUCUUGUAAAUACCUACAGAUAUUGACAUUUCAAUAUGUAGACUUUUUCUCGUGGACCAAAACUGUUAUAUUCUUUAACCUGUCCUUGAUGCAUUUGCCUUUAGCUUCAGCUAGCACUGAAAUCCAGAAAAGGAAAGUACAUCAUUUCUGUUAUUUCACAGAAAGUGUAUCUUUAUAUUUCCUAUAUAACUUCCUGCACUACUGAUGUCAUAUACUGAAAUUCACAUUUAAAUUGCACUUUUUUGCACUAAUACUGUAAAUAAAUCCAAAUUACCAGAUGGGCAUGACUACAAUGUUAAUGAUAGCUCCCUUGGAUUGCUGACGCUAAUUCUAUGAUUAAAGAUUUUUGC